AUGGAGAUGGAUGAGAAUGAGGAGCCUGUAAUUGUCUGUUUCAUUUGUCAUGCAAGACUCAUUCGUUGCAGGAGAUUGCAACAACAGGCUAUUGAGUCAAAUGCAGUUCUGGAGCAGUUGCUUGCAGGAGGGUCCAUGUCAAUACCAAAACCUCAUGCGGCUAGAGAUGAGAUUCAAUUCACACAAAUUAAUCAUAUAGAUAUCUGGCCAGUUGAGUGUGAUAUAGAAAAUGAUUGUAAUGACGACAUUCUUAGCCUUGAAUCUGUUAACUUUGAGGAAGAGAAAAUCGAAAAAGAGAAUUUCAAAUUUGAUGCAAACUGGAGUCAUGAAACAGAUACUGCUGGAAAUCAAGAAGACUUGGAGAUUGAUGCUUUUGAAGAUCGACAUGAGGAUUCGGAAAACGACUUGCCACUAAUUUCAUUAGGUACAAAGAGUAAAACAGAUGAUGUUGACAUAGAACAAACCUGCAUACAAACAAAUAUGUUUUCGAAACCGUAUAGCGGACCGACUGCGCUAUCGUACAAUGAACAAUAUGAAUGCAGUAACAACGGACCCAGCGCCCCUACGAUACAAACUCACUCGAACACUGAGGCUGUGACGACGGUGCUGUCUAAUAUAGCGUCUCGAGUCGCUAAGCCUACACGAGUUUCACCACCGCCGCCGCUGAGAUCGCCACCAGUGAGUACCGAAUGUAAACAAGCCUAG